AUCGCUGGUCCGCUGUGUCCCUCGGACACAGCGGAUCACGGAAAGAGCAGAAGAUGUCGGCUCGGUCAUGUGAUCAGCUGUGUCCAAUCACAGGUGAUCACAUGGGACAUGUACACUGAUCAUCAGGGCACUGAUGAUCAGUGUGCCCUAAUGAUCAGUGUGGCCCCAGAAGUGCCACCUGUCAGUGCUCAUCAGUGCCACGUGCCAGUGCCCAUCAGUGCCAUGUGUCGGCGCCCAUCAGUGCCACAUCAAUGCCACAUAUCAGUGCAUACCAGUGCACAUCAAUGCCACAUAUCAGUGCCCAUUUGAGCUGCCUUUCAAUGUCACCCAUCAGUGCCACUUAUCAAUGCCUAUCAGUGCUGCCAAUCAGUGCCACCUAUCAGUG